AACCCAAGCAUGAGGCGUUCAAGUACAGACGAAACCCCGUACAGGCGAAGUCCUUCGUUGGACAGUAAACCGGAAACGCCUCCCUUUACCUCGGGUUUCCACCGGUUCAGUGGGGAGUUCGAAUACAAGCGCCCGCCGUUCGCUUUCGGAUUCACCACAACCAAAAAGCCCCAGUCCUCCAACGGGCGAUACACUCCAGGCAAGAAGUAUGUGGUGUUUUAUCUGGACCUCUCCUUCAUUUUUCUUCUAGAACUGCGUCGCUGUAAAAUGGCAGAGGGAUGCAUGAUGGCUCUGCGCUACGGGAUGGUCUUCUUCAACCUCCUAUUCUGGUUGGGGGGCUGCGGGAUCCUCGGGGUGGGCGUAUGGUUGUCUGUCACCCAGGGCAGCUUCGCCACACUCUCGUCCUCCCUGCCCUCCCUGUCGGCCGCCAACCUGCUCAUCGCCGUGGGAACCAUCAUCAUGGUGAUUGGCUGCUUGGGCUGUGUGGGCGCGGUUAAGGAGAGCCGGCCCAUCCUUCUCGCGUUCUUCAUCGUGCUGCUGCUCAUCUUCUUCCUGGAGAUCCUGUCCAUUAUGUUGUUCUUCAUUUACCAGGACGAGAUCAAUCAGUACGCUCAGAGGGACCUGAAGAAAGGCUUGGAGCUCUUCGGCACAGAGGGGAACAUCGGCCUCACCAAUGCCUGGAUGAUUGUACAGACCGACUUCCGCUGCUGUGGAGUGACCAACCACACAGACUGGUUCGAGGUGUACAACGCGUCUCGUGUACCUGACUCCUGCUGCCUGGAGUACAGCGACAACUGCGGCCUGGACAACCCCGGCACAUGGUGGACCGCGCCCUGUUAUGAGCGCGUGAAGGACUGGCUCAGUGAGAACCUGGUGGCUCUGUGGAUCUUCGCCCUAUGCACAGCCCUCACACAGAUCCUUGGCCUGGUCUUCUCCAUGACCAUGUUCUGUCAGGCCGUCAAAGUGGACACCUUCUACGCCUAGCUCUUGACCUCUGACCUCCGCCCCUCUCUCCCCUUCUCUCCACCUCAAGAGACUACAGUUUCCUUGACUCCUCCCCACAACAAAAAGUGACUCCUCCCCUCCUCAGUUACCUCUUCUACCCGCCCUCAGAAGGUGACUCCGCCUCCUCGCCCCGCCCCCUCCCUCGCUAACAGUCGACAAGCACAGUGUAUUUGUGUCCCGCCUGAGUUGCUAUCAUAUGGUUUGUGUCCAAUGCUACUUUUGUGAUACAUUUUUAUGAAGCAGUAUUACUCUGAUUAUUAAUAUGGACAUGUAUAAACCAAGUGUAACCCUGUAGCAUCAGCCAAUGGGAGACAGGCAGAGCACACAUGCAAAAGAACCAGGAUGUUAAGGCUGCAUUUAAUGUUAUAACCAUAUUGUGGUGUUUUUAUAUGUGUUAAUUUCACAGUUUUGCAGUUUGUCACAGAAUUUCCUAACCUACUUUUUGGUGUUUGUUUGAUAUCAAGAUGAAGGACUGUCUCAUUUUAUGGUUCAGCUGGUCAAACUCUGUAAAAAUCGAUUUAAAUAAGUUUGAAUUCAGAAAAUCAUUUAAGAGUAUAUUUUUUGUGAGCUACAGAGGCUGCACUAGCACUGACUAAUGAUUGGCUGCAGGUGCUGGGAUUUAGGCAGUGACAAUUCAGAUUAAAUUGAUUUCAGCAUCGGAACUGGCAACGCAAAUGAGCGACUCGUGUGAUGCUCAUUCUGCUUUCUGAUUGGAUAACUGAGAAACACCAAAAUUAUAACAAACAAUUUGGCUUUCUCGUCCAAUGUUUUUGUAAUUAAGAAUACUAAAUAAAAGAAAAUACAACUCAAAUUAAGAUUAAUAUUUCUAAUUCAGGUCAUUUAAUUGUUUCUUUCAUUCAUUUUUUUUCCCCCGUCAUUUUUUUAUCCUCUUUAUCAACACUGCCACAGUCAAACAGCAAUAGCUAAUCUGCCAUGAAACUUUUUAAUUUUCUAAAGCCCGUGAGUUUCCUUCUCAAAUCCUAUUUCAAACUAUUUAUAAUGAUGCAAAUGUAAACUUUGCGACAUAAGUUGAUAAGAGCAUGUUAAAGGCUUAAAUGAUUCUUGCUUGUGUGAGUGACAUUGCAUUUUUCAUUAUAAAAUCGUCUGAAUCUCGCCACAUUUCCUUCUCUUACAUCAGGCUGAUUUGAUGAUAACUUCCCGCUUGAAUUCUGAAAAUCUUUUGUGAAAUCGUGUCCACAUAACUGUUAUAAUGAAACAUACCUUUUACAUAUACUUCAAAAGACCAAGGACAUUGCCGGGUUGGAAUAUUCUCUUUGCAAAAUUUUUAUUUGAAUAUUACAUUUGAUUAGAGCCACAUAAAAAAUAAAUUUUAACUUUUUUUUCUCUUCUCUUUUCUUUCUCUUUAAAGUGUAUUAAAUGUAACACAGUCGAGUUUCUUCAAAUUAGAAUUGUUGCUUUCAGUUAACAUAAGUGUCACCAGGUAUCACAAUGACAUUCAUGAUUUAUUUACUGUUGAAACUCUAGUUGUGAUUUAAAGGCCCUGUACCUGAUUUUUUCUUAUGUCUUGAAGAAAAUUUGUCUUGCACCAUCCAUCUUCUUCGUUUUAUCUGGGGCCACCUCUGAGAACACCUCCAGAGAAAAGCAUCCAGAAGGCAUCCAGAACAGAUGCCCAAGCCACAUCAGCUGGCUCCUCUCAACAUGGUGGAGCAGUGGCUCUACUCCAAGCUACUCCCAUGAGACUGAGCUUCUCACUCUAUCUCUAAGGGAGCGUCCAGUCACCCGGCAGAGGAAACUCAAUUCGACCGCUUGUUUCCACGAUCCUGUCCUUUCGGUCAUUACCCAAAGCUCAUGACCAUAGGUGAGGGUAGGGAUGUAGAUUGAUCAGUAAACUGAGAGUUUUCACUUUUUACUCAGUUCCUUCUUUACCACAACAGACCGAUAUAGCGACCGCAUCACUGCAGACGCUGCACCGAUCCGCCUGUCAAUCUCACAAUCCAUCCUUCCCUCACUUCUGAACAAGAGAUACUUGAUACUUACCUCCACUUGAAGUAGGGACUCUCCACCCACUUGGAGAGGGUGUCACCUUUUUCUGGUCGAGAACCAUGGCCUCAGAUUUAGAAGAGCUCAUCCCAGUUGCUUCACACUCGGCUGCAAACCGCCCCAGUGCCUGCUGCAGGUCCUGUUUCAAUGAAGCCAUCAGGACAACAUCAUCUGUAAACAGCAAAGAUGAGAUUCUGUGGUCCCUGAACCGGACCCCCUCCGGCCCCUGACUGCGGCUAGAAAUUAUGUCCAUAAAACCAAUGAACAAAACCAGUGACAAAGGGCAGCCCUGGUGAACUCCAACAUGCACCGGGAACAGGUCUGACUUACUGCCGGCAAUGCGCUCCUGCCCCAGUACAGAUACAUUGUAUAAGCAGCUCUUGAGGUCAAAAUAAGCCUGUUGCGUGUUGUAUCUAUCUAAAGAGUUUUAUUGUUUGAUAAUCAGGAAGUGCAUGUUAGCAUGCUAGUUGUUGUAAGCUUUGCCGUCACUGCAGAACUCUGGUUUGAGAGUUCUGAAAAGUGCUUACAAACUCAUUGUGGUGAUUAAUUAAGACAGUAAAAAUCAGGUACAGUGUCUUUAAGAGUUGUUUUUACAUUUUUAUUUUGGUUGUGAAGAAUUUGAUGAUUUUUUUGUUUCAUGUUCUGUUCUUACACUGGGUCAUGUAAUCUUCCAUUUUCAACACGUUUUUAAAUGCAUUUGAUUUAUUUUGUGUCCAAAUGGGAUCUGCAGUGAGGAGUGCACUGUCAGAGUGCUGGUGCAUGUGUGCAGGGAGCAGAAUAAAUGUUCCACCAUAACCCCU